AUGCGGCAUUCACUGGUGUACAAGAAGCAGAGUCCCAACAGCCGGCUGACCCUGUACCUGAGCACGCGGGAGUUCGUGCACGCCACGAGCCGCACCACGGUGAGCGCCAUCGACGGCGUCGUGCUCGUGGACCCGGCCUACCUCAAGGAUCGACGCGUGUACGCCAUGGUGCUGCUCACCUUCCGCUACGGACGCGAGGACGAGGAGGUCAUGGGCCUCAAGUUCUUCACCGAGGCCAUUCUAGACUUCAAGCAGGUGUACCCUGAGCCGAGCUCGACGGGGUCAGGCGCGGCCAUCUCCGGCGUGGGAGCACGGGACGGCAGCGGCGCGGCCGACGAGCUGACGCCCCUGCAGCAGAACCUGCUGAAGAAGUUGGGCGGCGACGCGUACCCGGUCACGCUGCGAAUCUCGUCCCAGGCGCCGCCCUCAGUGCGUCUGCACCCGGCCAGGCCCUACCAGGGCAGUCCCCUGGGAGUCUCCUACGAACUCAAGGUCUUCAUCGGAGAGCGCUCGGACGAGAAGCCCCACAAGCGGAACACGGUGCGCAUGGCGUUACGCUGCGUGCAGUACGCGGACUUCCCCGUCGACGGCCUGUCGCCAACGCCGCCGACGGCGAGCGUCCGAAAGACGUUCUUUUUCUGCCCGGGACGCUUAGACCUGGAGGCAGCGCUCGACAAGGAGACCUAUAACCAGGGCGACAUGGUGCGCAUACACGUGACGCUGAGCAACGGCUCCUCCAAGACGGUCCAGAGACUCAAGGUGGCCGUCCUGCAGCACGUCCACGUCUGCAUGUUCACUCACGGCCGCUUCAAGAACCUCAUCGGAAGCAGCGACACGGGCCCUAGCAGGCCCGUGCCGCCGGGCUCCACGGUGUCCAGGGACUUUGACAUCAAGCUCCAGAGCUGCGAGAAGUUUCCCGUGGCGCUGGCCAUCGAGAGCGAGUUCCACGAGGAGGACUCGGCCGUGUACAGCCUGUCCUCCACCACUGUACUCGUCAACCCUAAGGAGAAGAAUCCGUAUGGCGUCAACGUCAGCUACGAAGUGAAGGUCAAGGCCAUCCUGGGAUGCAUCGACCGGCCGCUCGUGGUCCGGCUCCCGUUCCGGGUGAUGCUGCCACGACCUCCCGAAGGAGUGCGGCGGCCCACGUUGCCCAGCUCCAAGACGUCCCUUAAGGUAGAAGACUCGCUAGACCCCAUCACGGACUGUGUAUCUGAGGACAUCGCCAGGCUGGGCGUCAGUUCGUCGCCUCACGAGGUCGACGAAGUCAGUUAACUCCGGGGGGAUCUCAGUGCUUCACGCCGAGGCAGAUGGACGACAUCAUCAUAACCACAGUGGCGCAGGUUGCAUUCACAACUUAUAUUUCAUGAAAUGUUGCUAAAGGUUGAGGAGUAAUAGUGAGGACCAAAAGGACUGGUAUCCAACGACAAAAAAAACAACAAGAAAUGUGUAUCUAAAAAUAUUUAUAAAUUUUUAUCUGCGAGCUUGAUAUAUGGCGGCGUAUACCGAGAGUUAAUGCGAAAAAAAAAUGAUACCAUAAGACAGGUCCUGAAUCAGUGAGAAUUCAUAUACAAUGAUAUAUUAAUUGUUUGUUAUUCUGGUUAGUACUAUCGAAAGUUUAACUACAGAGUAAGCCACUGGAACAGGAGAUUUGGGUCUUGCGGCCGUCGAAAAUCGGAAGGUCUUCAGACUCUUCUAUUCCUUCAGUAUGCCGACCGGUUAAAUGUACUUGCGCAUUACAGCAACACUUGUAUGAAGAAUAUAACCUGUGGUAAAGUGUGAACACGUGGAUGGAAAAGUGUGCGCGUGAGAGUGCCUGUGUACUUGGGUGCGUGGUUCUUGAGUGAGUAUAUACGUGCGCAUGAAUAUAUCUUCAAUACGCCGCAAUUAUCUUUUAUACUGUACAAAGAAGUCGGCACUGCUGUGUCUAAAAGAUAUAUGUAUAGUUGUUGCGAUUGUCGAUGUGUCUUCAAUUAUUGCUGCUUUAAUUUCAGCGUCAGCAGAGGUUCUGGUCUUUUGUUUUUAGGAGAUCCGAGAUGUGUGUGUGUGCGAUGGCAAAUCAAACAUCUAGUGUGUCUUGCAUUAGAGAUGUUCAAGAUCAGGGCAGUAAAACGCCAUAAUCCAACAGCGUGUCUUUUUUUGUUCAAACAUUCCCAAAUUACAAAAUGCUCAGCAUUUAAUUAACGUAACUUAUCAGUGCUCUCGUUAAAAAAAAAAAAAAAAGACUGCAACUUAUUUAGGACGUACACUUGCGGCAGAGAUAUGUUACAAAGAGCAUAAAAAGGCUUUGAUCAAAAAAGUGGUUCCCUGCAUCAAAAAUUAAAAU